GCCACAAGUGUCUUCCACACGUGGGGGCGGGAAGUCUCAGCUGUGGCGGGGCCCCUGAGCGCUGUCCUUCACAUUAUAACCUGCCGACGUCUGGACAUCCAGCAUGGGCAAAGGGUGUGGUGCUGAGAAUGGAGGGAAGAGGAAGAAGAAGGACAGGGACUUGGAUGAGCUGAAGAAGGAGGUGGCCUUGGACGACCACAAAAUAGCUCUGGAUGAUCUGGGAAAACGCUAUGGAGUGGACCUCACGCGGGGCCUGACCAACGCCAGAGCUGCGGAGAUUCUGGCCAGGGAUGGUCCAAACGCGCUGACCCCUCCCCCCACCACCCCUGAGUGGGUCAAGUUCUGCCGUCAGCUGUUCGGUGGCUUCUCCAUCCUGCUCUGGAUUGGUGCCAUCCUUUGCUUCCUGGCCUACACCAUCCAGGUGGCCACUGAGGACGAGGCACCCAAUGACAAUUUGUAUCUGGGCGUGGUGCUGGCAGCUGUGGUCAUCAUCACCGGCUGCUUCUCUUACUUCCAAGAGGCCAAGAGCUCCCGAAUCAUGGACUCCUUCAAGAAAAUGGUGCCACAGCAAGCUUUGGUGAUCCGGGAGGGGGAGAAGAUGCAGAUCAAUGCUGAGCUUGUGGUGCAGGGAGAUCUUGUGGAGAUCAAAGGGGGAGACCGCAUCCCAGCUGACCUUCGAGUGAUCUCCUCCAGCGGGUGCAAGGUGGACAACUCGUCUCUGACGGGAGAAUCUGAGCCUCAGACUCGCUCCCCAGAGUUCACGCACGAGAAUCCUCUGGAGACCCGCAACAUCUGUUUCUUUUCCACCAACUGUGUCGAGGGUACGGCCCGUGGCAUCGUGAUAGGCACCGGUGACCGAACAGUGAUGGGUCGCAUCGCCACGCUGGCAUCGGAGCUUGAAGUCCGCCGUACACCCAUCAACAUCGAGAUUGAACAUUUUAUCCAUCUCAUCACGGGCGUGGCUGUCUUCCUGGGCGUGACCUUCUUCAUCCUGUCACUCAUCCUGGGCUACACCUGGCUGGAGGCUGUCAUCUUCCUCAUUGGCAUCAUCGUGGCAAACGUGCCUGAAGGACUGCUGGCUACUGUCACUGUGUGUCUGACUCUCACUGCCAAGCGAAUGGCCAAGAAGAACUGUCUGGUGAAGAACCUGGAGGCCGUAGAGACUCUCGGCUCCACCUCCACCAUCUGCUCUGACAAGACGGGCACGCUGACCCAGAACCGCAUGACCGUGGCCCACAUGUGGUUCGACAACCAGAUCCACGAGGCAGACACCACCGAGGACCAGACUGGUUUGGGUUUUGACAAGAGCUCUGCUACUUGGGCUGCUCUGUCUCGCGUGGCCGGCCUGUGCAACAGAGCUGAUUUCAAAGCCGGACAGGAGGACUAUCCCAUCCUGAUGAGGGAGACGGCAGGGGAUGCAUCAGAGUCAGCUCUGUUGAAAUGCAUCGAGCUGUGCUGUGGGAGUGUUCGUGAAAUGAGAGUUCAAAACCCCAAAGUGGCAGAGAUCCCCUUCAACUCCACCAACAAAUACCAGCUCUCUGUCCAUGAAGCAGAGGACAAUCCCUCCGGUCAUAUUCUGGUCAUGAAGGGAGCGCCGGAGAGAAUCUUGGACAGGUGCAGUAGCAUUAUGAUCCAUGGUCAGGAGCAGCCGCUUGAUGAAAACUGGAGAGAGGCUUUCCAGAGUGCCUACAUGGAGUUGGGAGGACUGGGAGAGAGAGUGCUUGGUUUCUGCCACUUGAAUCUGUCUUCAUCUCAGUUCCCUCGAGGAUUUACCUUCGAUUGCGACGACAUGAACUUCCCCACCGAGCAGCUCUGCUUCCUGGGUCUCAUCUCCAUGAUUGAUCCGCCGCGUGCCGCUGUGCCUGACGCAGUGGGUAAAUGCCGCUCGGCUGGUAUCAAGGUGAUCAUGGUGACGGGGGACCACCCAAUCACAGCCAAGGCCAUUGCUAAAGGUGUGGGCAUCAUCUCUGAGGGCAACGAGACGGUUGAGGACAUUGCUGAGAGACUGAAUAUCCCUCUGAGCCAAGUUAACCCCAGGGAUGCCAAGGCUUGCGUGGUGCACGGCUCAGACCUAAAGGACAUGAGCCCUGAGUACCUGGACGACAUGCUGAGGAACCACACUGAGAUAGUGUUUGCUCGCACCUCUCCUCAGCAGAAGCUCAUCAUAGUGGAGGGCUGCCAGAGACAGGGGGCAAUCGUGGCAGUGACGGGCGACGGCGUCAACGACUCCCCGGCCUUGAAGAAAGCCGACAUUGGCGUUGCCAUGGGGAUCGCCGGCUCUGAUGUGUCCAAGCAGGCAGCUGACAUGAUCCUGCUGGACGACAACUUCGCCUCCAUCGUCACCGGAGUGGAGGAGGGUCGUCUCAUCUUUGACAACUUGAAGAAGUCCAUUGCAUACACGCUGACCAGCAACAUCCCAGAGAUCUCGCCGUUCCUCCUCUUCAUCCUUGCUAGUGUUCCUCUUCCACUGGGAACAGUCACCAUCCUCUGCAUCGACCUGGGCACUGACAUGGUUCCUGCCAUCUCAUUGGCCUAUGAGACAGCUGAGAGUGACAUCAUGAAACGCCAACCAAGGAACCCCAAAACGGACAAGCUGGUCAAUGAACGCCUCAUCAGCAUGGCAUACGGACAGAUAGGCAUGAUGCAGGCUCUCGCUGGUUUUUUCACCUACUUUGUGAUUUUGGCUGAGAAUGGCUUCCAUCCGAUUGAUCUGCUGGGUGUCCGCGUCAGUUGGGAUGACCGCGAAGUAAAUGAUCAGGAGGACAGCUAUGGGCAGCAGUGGACCUAUGAGCAGAGGAAGAUCGUUGAGUUCACCUGCCACACCUCCUUCUUCAUCAGCAUUGUAGUUGUGCAAUGGGCCGAUCUCAUCAUCUGCAAGACCAGGAGGAAUUCCCUCUUCCAGCAGGGCAUGAAGAACAGGAUCCUGAUCUUCGGUCUGUUUGUCGAGACCUCUCUGGCUGCCUUCCUCUCCUACUGCCCUGGAAUGGACAUUGCCUUGCGCAUGUACCCCCUGAAGCCCCUGUGGUGGUUCUGUGCCUUCCCAUACAGUCUUCUCAUCUUCAUUUAUGAUGAGGUCCGUAAAUUCAUUCUGAGGAGGAGCCCUGGAGGUUGGGUGGAGCAGGAGACAUAUUAUUAACAUUCAGAAAAUGUCAGUUUGAAUUGUGUGUCUGUGAGUGUGUGUGUGUGUGUGUGUGUUUGUGUGUGCAUGUGCGUGCAUGUGAAUGUGUGCGUCCUUGUGAGGGGAGAAAUGUGCGUGUGUGUCAGUUGUAAUAUUGCAUGGAUCAGUUCACAAAUCUGAUUAUCAUAAAAAAUACUGCUGAAAAUAGGCUUUUGAUUGUGCUUUGAGUUUUUCCUUUUUGUUUUCUCAGAAAACAUUUCCAGCAGAACAAUGGUAAUGUACACCUAUGUGCCUUACAUAAAGUGUUACAAAAGUGAUGUAUCAUGGCCAUGUGAA